AUGCUGCUCUGUCUCGUGCCCCCACCUCGCCUACUGCGAGCCUCCUCGCAGCUUCCUCGACAACUCGAGCUAGCGCAUCCACUUCAUAUACGCCUUCGAGCCGCUUCGAACUCGAGCUCAAGUCGGUAUGUUUAUGAUUCGACGUACGUCAACCAAGACGCUGAGGAGCACAACGACCGAGCGUCUAGCCGACAUCCUCAAACCAAGAACACAGCCUCAUCGCACUUUUUCGACGCACGUGUCCCAGCUCCUACUUGCAACAACACGGCAUCAUUGACGAGGCCGAAGGUGUCCCACGAGGUCGCAUCGGCAUCACGACAAGCCGUCAACACAUUUCGACAAGCUAUCAGUACCCGUGAGCCAGCCGCCAUCAUCGAAGCAUAUACCUUGCUCACUCAAGCUCACGAGCGACAAGUACAAGACGUCAGAGAUUCGUCUUCAACUGCUGCGGAACCAUACCAGACCAAAUUCCCCGUUCGUAAGAACGACAUCCAGACAGCCAUUCGAUAUCUGGUCCAACACUCUCAAACCGAGGGCCGUAUGGAAUGUGUCCUUGUCGAAGCAUGUCAACAAAUGUUCGAGGAUAUGAACCAGCGUUUCGGCUUUCGCAUCGGCCCAACUGAUCUGCACCGACAGCUGCAGGUGUUCUGCCUGUCAUCGGACCAGAGCUUGGAUCUGCGCGAUGCUUUUCUUCAUCUUCGUGCUAGCUAUCCCGAAUGGCAGACCACAUCUAUUGAAUGGAACCUGGUCAUCUCUCACCUGGCUCGACGUCGCUCGUACAAGCACGCUAUCAAAGUCUGGCACGACAUGUCCAUCUCCGGUGUCACUCCGUCAGCCGAUCUGCGCAAUACGAUGAUCAGAGUAUUCACAGCGGUAAUUCGGACUGGCGAAGCCGAGGAUCAGCGACUAGAGCUUGCUCGAGAGGAGGCAAGCAUCAGUCCAGACGAUCUUCCUGCAACCGUCAUGUCGCUCUGUGAGCUCGUGCUGUCCAACACAGAGACCAGCUUGGAGCGGAUGGACAAGUUGCGCAAGCACGUAAAUCAGCUGCAAAGAGAGGUGGAAUCGAAUCCGCAAAUGGCAAACAACACGGCGUCUUGGAAUGCUUUGUUGAGAUACGAAGCCCUCGUCGUCAGUCCUGCACAUGCUCGGCAGACAGCUCGGCAAGUAUACAAGCCUGGCAUGUUUGACUAUAGCACCCUAUGCGUGUUGCUGCGUCUGCAUACAGAGGAGCUCAACGAGCUGCAGAGCAGUGAGGAUGCGCUCGAGUUAUUAGACCAGGUGCAAUCUGCGAUCGAUCCGAGUCGUUCCAUCGCGCUCGAUGAUGAAUGCUACAGCAUCCUCAUGUUCGGACUGCUCAGUAACUCGGUUUCAGAAGACACUCCAAAUCCCUCUCCCAACCAGAUUCACGAGGCACAGUUGCUAUAUGACCAUGUCUGUUCUACUGGAAUUCCACCGACGCCUCUUCUCGUCACCCCGUUGCUUAGGGCAUACUGCGAAGCAUUCCUGCCAUCGCUACCAUCGGCCAUGAAACUUGUAGACGACCUUCUCGCUCAACAACCUAUCACGGCCGCACCCUCCAGCAGGUUAUCCGGUUCGACACGUCGCAAAGCUCCACGCUCGCUUGCUUUCGACAUGGCCAUUAUCAGUCCUGUACUGGACGCAUGUGUCAAGCUUAAGGACCUUUCGUCCGCCCGCAACUUGCUCUCUCGACUACACGAAGCCGGAAUCACGAUGAGUGUCACAGACAAAUCGAAGCUUUUGCGUCGACUGAUCGGUAUCACCACAUCAUGGCCCGAGGCUUUUCACAUGUAUCGCAGUCUCUCGCGCUUUCGCACCUCAUCUUCUGCUGGAUCGCGAACAUCUGAGGCAGGCCUGGAUGAACGAGGCUACAUGUCGCUACUCGAGAGCUUGUGCGCUCUCACAUUUCCGGAUCCCAGAUCGUCUUCGAGCCGACUUCCGGCUCCACCGGAAGAGCUGCUGGGUAUCGUCGAAGACAUGCGUGCCGCUGGCCAUCGGCCUUGGUGCGUGAUCUACACGUCAAUUCUGGACUACUAUUCCAAAACCACACCACCGUGCUAUGUCGGAGUGCAGGCAACGCACGAGAUGCUCAAACGCGAUGAGGGACUCGAGCCGGAUCUGCCGCUGAUCAACGCGCUCAUGAACGCGUACAACCGCGUUGGUGAGCCGGCGAUGGUGCUUGCGAUCUGGAACAGCUUGAUGGCGACACGCCAGGAGAUCGACGGUGUAACGUUGUCCGUGUUUUUCGAUACUGCUGGCAGACACGGGCUGCUGUCGUUGGCAAGGAAGGCGAUUAGAACGGUGAGACAGAUCGAAGUGCAAGACAAGGGCGAGUCGGUGAGAUCAGUUCUGACAAAGGGUGCAUGGGAUUCGUGGCUCGAGUGUCUGGCACGAUGUGGUCGGUUGGAGGAGGCGAUCGAGCUGGCAUUUGGAGAGAUGAGGAAGGCGCUCUUGAAAGAAGCCAUGAACGCACAUGACCUGGAUAGCGUCGAUGCUGGCAUAACAGCGAACGAGCUGGUUGCUAGAUCGGCUCAGGCGCCAGUCAAGAAUCGGAGGGGACACGUCGUCGGUCCAGACGCAAAGACAUUUGGAGUGCUGCUGCGAUUCGCCGCUCGCGAGCGCGAUCGUCGACAGAAGCGGUCCGCGACGAAUCUAUUGCCAGGACCCAUCUCGGGUGCUCGUAGCGGCAGCAUUGCGGCAUCAGGAACCUCGAUCUGGCAUACGCUGCGAACACGUAUCCGUGAAGAAUAUAGCUGGCUCUAUCCGCAGGUGAAACACAUUGGCGAGCAGACAGUUCUCUAG